AUGGCGGCCUUUCUGCAGACGCAAAAUGUGCACACCAGCGACGACGAGCUUAUGCACUGCAUUCAGUCCGCGAUCGAGUCGCUCGGCCACGCACUCUACGAGUCACUGCGCGUCUCGUUUCAACGGAGCUUGAACCAUGGCUUUUUCUCCGCGGCCGCGACCUCGACGCGCCUGCUCACCACGUUCAAGCUCGAGCUGCGGAGUCAAGUGACGCCCGAUACCGUGCGACAAAGGGUGCUUUGGGACCUCUUGGAAGAAAAGGCAGGAGCGCUGCGUGCCCACUCGUCGGCGGCCAUCGCACCGGGACACAUGACGCUCGGGCGCUUCAAGCUCGAGGCCAUGACGUCGUUCGCGGCGGCCAAGAAUGCCAAAGAGAGUCCGCGGCUCCGGCACCAACACCAGCAAAUCCUCCUCGACCAAGUGGCUAGCUAUGUCGCAAGUCGACCGUUGGUUGCCCACAACCAUACUGCGCACCCUAGCGUCAAGGCCGACGAGGCAGCGGACCGACUCCGGCACAUCCUUUGUGUGCUAUGCCACGUAUCGUGUCUCAAGUCCAUUCCCAUGCACUACAAGGCCGAGAUGGUGCAGGCGACGACACCUCUUGUGGCGCGUCGAGGCCGGUUGCUUGUCUCGCCCGAAGUGGCCUCGACCUGUCUCUAUGUGCUUGUCGAAGGCAGCCUCAUCGUGCAUCUCGAGUCGGGCCACAGUGUUCAAAAAGAGCCCUUUGAGCACUUUUUCUGUGGUGAAGUCGACCUCUUGUCCGCACAACCUGGCACCCUGCGCGUCACUGUAGCGUCCGACACGUGCUCGCUCGCCGUCUUGGAGCGAACGGACUUUGACGCCAUCUUGGAAAAGGCCAUCGCGUCGGCGUCGUCAUCAGCAUCGAUGAAUCGGCCGCCGCUCACGACGCCUCGACGCCCCAAGACGGCGGCGCCACUGGGCCACACGGUCGUCCGAACGCCGGCCAAACCCAUUGCGCACGACGACCAAGUGCGUGAGGCCACGGAAGCGUCGCGAAAGCACCGGCAAAACUACAUUGCCCAAAAGCGGGCAGAUCUCGAGGCGAAGCGCGCAGCCGAGGCAUCCGCCCUUGCGGCGACCACAGUCAAGACCAAGUCACCGCGCAAGUUUACGGCAAAAACCAAGGCACAUAUCCACCUCCUUGCGCGCCUCAAGAUCUCAAUGACGCCGCACAUGGUGCGCCCCAAGGCGGCGACGCCAGACGCCAGUGCGACGGCAUUGCCGCCGUUCGCCUAUUUCCCGCGCUUUCCCGAUGCUUUUGACGUGCGCCACGUCGAGCUCUUGUACAUGGGUCCUCAGUCGUUUGAGAUGGACGAAAUGCGGCUCGUCGAGUGCGGACCGCCGCUGCCCGAGACGCCGAGUCUUGUGCUGCCACCCAAGGUGCACAUCGACACGUCUGUGCUGCUCAUGGAGCACCUCGCCUUGCUCUCAAGGCGACGGCCGCCAAUGCAGCCGAGCACGGCAGAGACGUCGCACGCCCGUGCACACGUCGAGUGGCAUAGCACGUCGUGGACAGAGCCGCAGCUGCCAUCGCAGCCCGACGCCACGUUCGCGCAGUUUACCGAGAGUCGAAAAAAGGUCUCGGCGCCCGUCAUUAAAGGCCAAAAGACGCCCUAUGCGUCGCUGGCCAUGUACUGUUACAACUGGAAGCCCGAGGCCGUCGUCUCGGAAAGUGCAAUUAGCCCGUCACAGACAGCGACCGCGAUUGGAGCUGUCACCGAGUCGUCGCUCUCGCAUCUCUUCGGCCUCGACUUGGAUCCGAGCGCUGCUCCGAUUGACGGAGCACUACACGGCGUCGACGGCGACGACGAAGCCUUGUCGAGUGAUGUCACAGAUAGUCAUGGACCACCUUUAGAGGCUGCAGCUUCGCUCGACGGUCUCAGCACAUACGACGUCGCAUCUGUGCCUGCUGAUGCUGCACAAGCAACACCUCUCGCGUUGGCACACCGGAGCUCUACAGCGCACCGCGAUUCGACCUUGACGGCGGUACCUGAAGACGACGAUCAUGUGCUGAGCACAGAUGAUAACGACACCGAUCUCACGGCGCCCGAUCAGCUCGAUGUCGGCGCGGAGGCUGCAAGCAACGACGAUGACGCCUCGACACGCACGCUGCUCCACAACGAUGCCACGUCACUCGCUCGGAAGGAAGCGUACGAUCGCCUCGUGCGGCAAGCGUCCCAGACGCCAUCAACAUCGUCGCUGUCCCCUCGGACGCAAAACGACCGGUUGCACGAACUCGCAUACGAAGAAGCCCUCCGAGGCGUCGCGACGUCGGACAACAAGCAUGGCAUGCCGUGUCCCCUCCGGCAGCACAUGCAGCAGCGCAUGGAGUCGGUAUUUACCGCGCUUCAGCUCAGCGCCAAGUGCAAACUCGAGGUCGUCAUGAAGUACACACAAGAGGCGCACGCACCGCACUUGGCGUCGGCGCUCGAGCUCUGGGAGCGGGCCGUUGUUUCGAUUGCCGACCGCGAGCUCACGCUUCAGAAGAUCCACGACUUUGAGCUCGUCGCGAGUGACCCCCGGCGGCACUUUCAGACGAUUUCGACCGAGCGCCUCAAGGAACAACGCCAACGCGACAAACUCUUGCUCUUGUUUCAAGCCCACUCGACGUACUGCCAGAACACGCUGCAGCAGCUGUACGGCAAAUUUGGCGACACCAUUUUGUACCGCGACCGGCCCUACCGAGAGAAGAUGGCGCACGACUACACCGAGCUGCUCUUCGAGCUCGAGUGCGAGCGUGUUCGCAUCUACUAUGGCGGUGUUUCGCCCGACGUCAUUGACGAGACGGCGAUGACGACGACGACGGCCGUCGACGCGGCGUCAUCUGCUCUCGCGCGCGCCGUCAAGGCACGGGGCGACAAGGACCUUAGCGACCUCCGCACGGCGCUCACUCAAGCCCGUGGCGCGCGAGAAGCCGCUAUCGCCUCAGCGCACCACGAAGCGAUGGAGCGGCGGCGGGCGGUCCGCGCACCCCGUCGACCGACACAGGAGAAGGAACCGAGUCUCCAGGAUGCCCUUGGGCGCGUUCUGCACCGCCAACGACCCACCAAGCCAUGGACACCCAUUUUAUAACGUUAGCAGAGGCCACACGAG